GUUACGUGGGAAUUUACUGACGAAACGCGGGCAUCUGCAUCAAUAUUAGGUGGCGCGGAUGGUAUUCAAUCCGAAGUCUAGAAUUAUCUCUAUCCGGACCUAGAGCCAAACUUUACCGGUGAUAUAGGUGUGACAGCCGCCGUGCCUAUAGCUCAACUUACCAAAAAGUUACUCUGCCCCAGUUACUAUUAUGAACAAGGAGCAGGGAUCGUUUUUUAUUGUGCAACAGCUCUAUGAUGGCAGCGAUGUGUUGAUUGGCAAAAAACAGCCAUUUAAAACAAACUUAUCAAGACAAGGCUGGACGGAGUUGCUCAACAAUAACGACUGGUGUAUCGCUUUCCUCCGUGAGGAAGCUGACAAGUUCCCCACCAUUGUGUCAAAUGCCGUGAGCAAAAUAUCCAAGAAUAAGAUCAACCUGUAGCCGUUUUAUGUAGUUCCAAAGUUGGACAGUUAGGUAUCGAGCGAGGGUAGAGGUGCUAUUCUGGGCGAUGCUGCACGUGCUAUUCCGCCAACUGCAGGGUAGAGGGUGAACCAAGCAUUUGAAGAGGUUUAUACGUUUUCUGGAGUACUGGUACCAAUCUUUGAGGCAGAACAAGGACACUAGCAAGACGAUGUUAGUAGAUGGACUGAGAGACUAGCAGCAUGAAAG